GGUCUCUUAACCAUCCCUGCAAGUUCUGGGCUCAGAAUUUGUAACUAAGGCUGCUAACUCUACCUUGACCCUGUUCUGCCCUUGGCUGCAGCAGCCCUUGAUAUAAUGUCUUUGUGGCUCUAGCAUGAGACUUCAAGCAGCUGGCUCACUGCUGGAGAUAUAAAGGAUAUUGCCAGAUUCUCUCUCCUGUCUGUAGCAAUGUUAGCCUCGUGCAAGAGGAUGACCAGUUCUUCACGCUCCCAAGUCCUUCUCAUGUGGAAGCCGGACAAGGCUCAGAGUGGACCCCACAGUGUUGAGAAGGAAACCCUUGCUUCAAGAAUCUUGCGUGACACUGAGACCUGUCGACAGAAUUUUAGGAAUUUUCCAUAUCCAGACCUAGCUGGUCCUCGAAAGGCAUUGAAUCAACUCCGAGAACUCUGCCUUAAAUGGCUGAGACCUGAGAUUCACUCAAAGGAACAAAUCCUGGAGCUGCUGGUGCUGGAGCAAUUCCUGACCAUCCUGCCUGGGGAGGUUAGGACUUGGGUGAAGUCCCAGUACCCAGAGAGCAGUGAGGAAGUGGUGACUCUAGUGGAGGAUUUGACUCAGAUUCUAGAAGAAGAAGCUGCUCCUCAGAACUCUGCCCUUCCCCAAGAGACCCCAGAGGAAGACCCCAAAGGAAGACCUGCUUUCCAGGCAGGGUGGUUAAAUGACUUGGUGACCAAAGAAUCAAUGACAUUCAAAGAUGUGGCUGUGGAUAUCACCCAGGAGGACUGGGAGAUAAUGCGUCCCGUACAGAAGGAAUUGUACAAGACUGUGACAUUACAGAACUACUGGAACAUGGUUUCUCUGGGACUUACAGUGUAUCGACCAACUGUGAUUCCCAUACUGGAAGAACCAUGGAUGGUGAUAAAAGAAAUCUUAGAAGGCCCUAGUCCAGAAUGGAAAACAGAAGCCCAAGAGUGUACUCCAGUUACAAAUACUUCUAAACUCAUAAAGACUGGAACUCAGACCGUCAAAUUGGAAGAACCAUAUGACUACGAUGAGAGAUUAGAGAGGCAAGCAACAGAUACCUACAGGAAGAUUCCCACGAAUGGAAGAAAUUUCACUUUGAAGUCAGUCCUCUCAAAAGAAGAAGACCCUAUGGAAGAGUGUCUUAGUAAAUAUGAUAUAUAUAGAAAUAAUUUUGAAAAGCAUUCAAACCUAAUUAUUCAGUUUGGUACCCAAUCAGAUAAUAAAACUAUGUAUGAUGAAGGCAGGGCCACCUUCAAUCAUGUCUCAUAUGGUAUCGUACAUAGAAAGAUAUAUCCUGGAGAGAAGCCUUAUAAAUGUAACGUGUGUGGGAAAAAGUUUAGGAAAAACCCAUCCUUCGUGAAACACCAAAGUACCCAUGCCAAAGAAAAAUCUCAUGAAUGUGAAGAAUGUGGGAAAGAGUUCAGGCAUAUCUCAUCCCUUAUUGCACAUCAGAGAAUGCACACUGGAGAAAAACCGUAUGAAUGCCACCAGUGUGGUAAAGCCUUCAGCCAGCGUGCGCACCUUACUAUACAUCAGAGAAUUCAUACUGGAGAGAAGCCCUAUAAGUGUGAUGACUGUGGAAAAGACUUCAGUCAGCGUGCACACCUUACUAUACAUCAAAGGACACAUACUGGAGAAAAACCGUAUAAAUGCUUGGAAUGUGGUAAAACCUUCAGCCACAGUUCAUCGCUGAUUAAUCAUCAGAGAGUUCAUACUGGUGAAAAACCUUACAUAUGCAACGAAUGUGGGAAGACUUUCAGUCAGAGCACACACCUUCUUCAACAUCAAAAAAUACAUACUGGAAAGAAACCAUAUAAAUGCAAUGAGUGUUGGAAAGUGUUUAGUCAGAGUACUUACCUUAUUCGCCAUCAGAGAAUUCAUUCUGGAGAGAAGUGUUAUAAAUGUAAUGAAUGUGGAAAAGCCUUUGCUCAUUCCUCGACUCUUAUUCAACAUCAGACUACUCACACUGGAGAGAAAUCCUAUAUAUGUAAAAUAUGUGGAAAAGCCUUCAGCCAGAGCGCAAACCUUACUCAACAUCAUAGAACUCAUACGGGGGAGAAACCAUACAAAUGCAGUGUGUGUGGGAAAGCAUUCAGUCAGAGUGUACACCUUACUCAGCAUCAAAGGAUUCAUAAUGGAGAAAAACCCUUCAAAUGCAAUAUAUGUGGGAAAGCAUAUAGACAGGGUGCCAAUCUUACUCAACAUCAAAGGAUUCAUACCGGAGAGAAGCCGUAUAAAUGUAAUGAAUGUGGGAAAGCUUUUAUUUACUCCUCAUCACUUAAUCAACAUCAGAGAACUCAUACUGGAGAAAGACCCUAUAAAUGUAAUGAAUGUGAUAAAGAUUUUAGCCAGAGAACAUGCCUUAUUCAACACCAGAGAAUUCACACAGGAGAGAAGCCCUAUGCAUGCCGUAUAUGUGGUAAAACCUUCACCCAGAGUACAAACCUCAUUCAGCAUCAGCGUGUUCAUACAGGUGCCAAACAUCAUAAUUAA